AUGAAAUUGAUUAUUUCAGGAGCCACAGGCUUCGUAGCCAAUGAAAUCAUACGACAGAGUUUAAGCAGGACCGAGAUCACAUCUAUCGUGGCCCUAGCUCGCAAGCCGGUAUCAAUUCCUGAGAAGCUUCUACCGAACGCAUCCCCUUCCAAGCUUAAAAGUGUCGUCAUAAAAGAUUACGAUCAUUAUCCUGAAGAAGUCAAAAAUGAAUUUGCCGGAGCUGCGGCCUGCAUAUGGACUGUCGCUAUCACGCCGUCAAAAUCAAAGAUGUACGAUUUUGAGGAAGUCAAGCGCAUCUGUCAGACAUCCACAAUCGUAGGUUUUAAGGCUAUACAUGAGUCUGGUGUCUCGAAGCCGUUUCGAUUCCUUUAUAUGAGUGGUGCAGCGGCGGAACGUGACCCGGAAAAGGCCGUACGGUUUCAGCCACAGUAUUCAUACAUGCGAGGAGAGACUGAAAACCAGGUUCUUGCAUUGGCAGCUGAGCUCGAUGGAGUUGAAGCCAGUGUCGCAAAGCCAGGUUAUAUUACUGCACCUGGCGAAAUUAUAAAGUCUAUUACCGGCACUAUGAUAAAACUUAUUGUUGGUAUCCCUAGCAUUAGUGUCGUAGACCUUGCGACUGCUAUGCUGGAUCAGGUCAUAAAUGGGUUUGAGAAAGACCCGUUGAUGCCCGAAGAUCUGAUCAGGAUUGCCAAGGCACAUCAGCAAGUUUCCGAAUAA